GUGCUUGAUGAAAAAGUGAAUAAGAGUAACAAGUUUUGUGUCUGCAAAGAAUGUGAAUUGGGUUCUUCAUUUCAAGAGGUAAAAAAGCUUGCAAAUACACAAGAACUUGUUUGCUGGCACAUAAAAACUUGUAUAUAUUUUCAACAAGAAUAUAGUGAUUUUGAAAAAGCAAAAAUUCUAACAAAACCAAAUGAAUUUGAUUUUGUAACUAAUUAUACUCAAGAAAGUACUGAUAAUUUUGGUACUAGUUCAGAAAGUUCUUUUUCAGAAAAUUAUACAACUAGCUUUAAAUUAGAAAACUA